UCGUCGGACCGCCGAGUUCAAACAACCGUGCAAAUAAACUAGAUUGUGCGCCCCUCCAAGAAGGUGUGAGUGUGUGUUUGUGUGACCGAGCUUAGCCAAUUCCUACGAGUAUAGGCAUAUAUAUAGUAGCGCCAGAAGUCGGCUACGCGCAUUCGGGCAUCAAACAUCUACGGCCGACGUCUACGUCUAACGGUCUCGCAAUCGAAGCCAAUCGAACGAACCAGAAAUCGAAUAUCGAAAAUUAAAAGCCAUUUGUAAUCGAAGCAAUUCGAUAAAACCCAAUCAUUUCCGGUGUGUGUUUGCGUGUUUGUUGUAGAAGUAAAAAAAAUAAAACCGAGCUUUUUAGCUCGCGACUCACGCACCCAGCAGGAGAAACAAAAAAAAACAUAAAUAAUAAUAAUAAAUAAAAUACAAGAAAAUAACAACAACAACGGCGGCAGCAAGCUCUGCUAAUUUUAAACGACGGCAAAUGGCGUGGACGCAGACGUGGAUGUGGUUGUACUUGUGACAGUGGAUGCGGAUUAUGCAACUGAGGCCAGGCGGAGGAGCGGAGAAGACCCCAGAUAGACGGUUUAAUUAUCAGCGCCAGAUUAUUAUCACCGCAGCGGCGAUGCAGCGGUGACGGUUCCGGAGAGGACCCGUGUAUGUGCUCUCUCUCCGGUUACGGAAUGCACCCAGCUACCUGACCACAGCCGCCGCCAGUUCUAAAGCCGCCACCGACCGCAGCAGUGAGCAGGAGCGCCCAGGUCGUCCCAGCCUAAAAAUAUCCGGAGUGCCAAUUGCCAGUAAUUAGGCGAAAUUAAGAGGGGAACCCAUUGACGGAUCCCGACCCUAGAUCAAACACAAACUCAGACAUACAGAGAGACAUGUUGGCCACGGACAAGGGCACGCCAAUGGGGCCCACGCCAAUCAUAGUGAGCAGCCGGCAGGGGCAGAAAUCUCAUUGCCAUGGCCAGGCAACGGAUCAGCAGCUCCUGCAGCAUCAUCACCUGCAUCUUGCCGGACAUCCAGCACAUCCUGGAACGCAUCCCACAAGCACACACCUGCCCCAGCACACACACUCACCUGCCUGCAACAAGCGCCUGGAAGCGGAGACUCCGCGAAGGGAUCUCCAUGAACUCCUGCUCGAGAUCCUGGACAUGAUGCUCUCCUGUCUGGUGGUGGCACCCUGCGUGAUCGCCUACUGGCGCGGCACUUGGGAGCUGAUGGGCGUGUAUCUCUUUCCCAACAGCCUGCCUCUGUCUGCGAUGGCCAGCUUCCUAAUUGGCGGCCUGGGACACUUUGUGUUCACCAUAACGCAGAACUUUUUCAAAGAGCACAUCCAUCCGGAUAGGCGGCGCCUCACCUACUAUACGGUGUCGCGGAUAUAUACCGCCAUUUUUGGAAUUGUCUGCGUUAAUAUGUGGCGCGGUGCCUGGCUACUCUGCGACUGGCUGACCAGCGUGGAUUCCCUCAUCAUAGUCUCUGUGGUCACGGCCAUCGCCCUGAUCUUCUUAGUGGCCACAAGGACUCUGAGGAACCUGGGCGCAGCCCCCUAUACCGUGACCAUGGAUCACAAGAGCGAUUACUUCGAGGUGGACACCAUGUUCAAGAUACCCGGUUUUCAUCAACCUGGCCUGUAUGUGUUGGACACUCUCUUCUCGGUCUUUGUCAUUGGCAGCCUGGUGGUCAUCGCCUGGCGCGGUGUCUGGGGCAUCUUUGACUUGCUCUUGUUUCCCCGGGAUAAGGCCAAGUCCGCUUGGGGUUCGCUGAUGAUUGGCUAUCUCACGGUGGCUGUCACCUUCCUGAUUCAUCCGUUGAUGCGGUACGUGUGCCGUCGGAUUAGCGGCAUCUUCAAGCUGAUAAUUUGCGACAUUUAUUAUCUGAUGACAUUCUUUGGGGCGGUGAAUGCCUGGCGCGGCAUCUGGAAUCUGCUGGAUGUGUAUCUGUAUCCAGAAAACAAGCUCUUGAGCUUCUGGCUGACACACCUUAUUCCCUUCCUGCUGCUGGCUGCCAUCAAGUGCUCCAACUCCAUCCUGGUGCGCGGAGUAUUCAUCGAUGGCGAGGGUGUAGGCGCCGAGAGCGUCGAUAUACCCAUCAAUUAUGUGCGCCUGCACUUCCUCCGCGAACGCCGGAAGAAGACUGCCCAUUCCGCGGAGUCCUCGAAGUCUCCGCCACCGCCGCACUAUUAUCUAAAGCCAGAGCACGCCUCGCUGGGCCGGCUUGCGGAGAAGGACAAGGAGGCGCAGAGCAGCCUCAUCGAGAGGCCACAUUCCGCCGUGCAGAUCGUUUAGUGAUCUUGUGGGGCACCCUUUAAAUCGUUUCUAUGUCUAGAUGUUAACCUAGUUAUAAUCGCCUAAGCCUAAUCUUACCGAGCUUACUUAAGAGUCCGAUGUUUAGUUAUUAUCCCCGUAGUCUCCCGGUGUAGUAGUUCCAUAAUAUCUAGACCUGUACAGAACGAUCCUAGACCUUAAGAAUAAUAUUUGCAUUUUCCGCAACAGGUUUACGUAUCAAAAAUUUUAACCUGGUGACGAAGGCUCACUCACCCCACACACUCACAGCUAGUUAAGUUAAUAAACAAUACGAGUAUAAACAUUGUACAUUGAUAUUUUCAUAUAUCACAAGAAUAUAUAUAUAAAUAAAAGAUUGUAAAUACUA